GUGUGAGUCUGCUGGCGCUGGUCUACGACGACUACAACUUGUUCGUGAAGCCGCAGAUGCUGGCACCAGUGGAACCAACGACAGCUGCACAGUGGAAGCACCUGCGAGAACUUGUGGCAUGGGUGAAGCCAACACAGGAACAGCUGCAAGCAGUGCUUGUGCUCCUGGCCAUACGUGGACUUGGAAAGUCUUCGGUUCUCAUGAGCCAAAUCCCUUCCAGUCACGGGCGGCCCGAGCAGGUGGUGCUUUACUUAAUCAG